UUGAAUUGGUUCUAUGGGCAUUGGUAAGACCUAACCUUACUUUUGAAAAGUAGUUUUGGUGUUAAUAUUUGUGUAGCUGAUAAUGGGGAAACGCAGAAAGAAAGGCCGUAGCGUGAAGCGAAAUUUAAAUGUUCGCGAUGAACCGGAGGAAGUGGUUAACGCUCCCCAUUCUUUCGUUAUACACAAAGGUUUAGCUGGCGGCCAUACCUUGGAACUAACCAAGGAUUUUCGGAGAGUAAUGGAACCCUUUACCGCGUCUUCACUAAAGGAAAGGAAAAAAAACACUAUCAAAGAUUUUGUGGCUGUAGCAGGUCCUCUCCAUGUCACACAUUUAUCAAUCUUUUCACACACAGAAUUGGGAAUUUAUUUAAAAAUAAUGCGUCUUCCCAGGGGACCAACUUUAACAUUCAAAAUUCACAAUUAUUCACUUUCAAGAGAUGUUGUGUCUUCACUUAAAAAACAAAUGGUUAUUGAUGAAGCCUUUAAGCAUUCACCACUUAUAAUUCUCAAUAGCUUUAGUGGUGAAGGUUUACAAAUGAAGUUGAUGGCAUCCAUGUUUCAAAAUAUGUUUCCCACCAUUAAUUUGACUAAUGUAGAUUUAAAUAAUAUUAGAAGAUGUGUCUUACUGAAUUAUAAUCCCACUACAAAACUCAUUGAUUUUCGUCAUUAUACAAUCAAAAUUGCACCUGUUGGAGUAUCUAAAGGAGUCAAAAAGGUGAUACAAGGCAAAGUACCUAAUUUAGCUAGAUGCAACGAUAUUUCAGAAUAUUUUGCAAAGACUGCAAUUUUAUCGGAAAGUGAAGCAGAUGACCCGUCAACUCAUGUGACACUCCCUCAAAAGUUAAUAUCAAGGGGCAACAUCCAAGCAGGAAAGUCGUCAAUAAGAUUGACAGAAUUGGGACCAAGAUUGACUCUUCAGUUGAUUAAAAUUGAAGAUGGUUUAUUGGAUGGAGAAGUGCUGUUUCAUGAUCUGGUACAUAAAUCUGAGGAAGAAAGGCUUGAAAUUCAAAAGAAACGAGAGACGAAGAGAAAAUUAAAAGAAACUAGGAAAAAAGUACAAGAGGAAAACAAGAAAGCCAAGGAGAAAAUUAAGGAAGAGCAAAAGCAAAAAUCUCUGGAAGGUAUGAAAGGGCAAAAAAGUGCAGGAGAUAAUCACGAAGCAAUGGAGGAAGAUGAUGAUAGAGAAUAUUACAAAAAGGAGAUUGGAGAGGAACCUGACCAAGACUUAUUUUCAAGAACUAGAGGGGUUAAAAGGCCUGCUAGGGUAUCCCAUUUUCAACAUAAUAAAAAAGCAAAACUUAAUGAAACUCAACUUGGACAAAACAAAACUUCAUUGAGAAAGAAUAAACAAUAUCAUAGAAAAAGUGGUAAAGAUGUCAACAAGAUUAAAAUUCGAAAUAAAAGGGGAAAAAUGAACCUGGAAGGGAGAGAUCACAGGCCUAUAGGAGGGGGCUUCACGUUUUGUUGAAAAAAUAUCCUUCAUGAAACGUUUAGUCCCGUAGCAGACAAGUUUACUUCACUGACCGACAACUUAAACUAGGAGAGUUGUGCUGCAUCUUACAGGCAGUAACGAGUUGUGUUAGCGUGUAUUUACUUAAAAAGUUUCCACUGUUAUUCCUUUAUUUAUCAAUGAUUCAAUAGCUUAGUCUAGCAGAACAACUUUAAGAGAUAUUUUCGCAUGAUGUUAUCAGUAUUUAUUAAUUUUAUGUUGAUAUAAAUGAAAGUUAAGAAAGUACCCUCGAACAUCUCUUAUUGUUAGUAUACGAUAUCAAUGUUGUUCGGAAUACAAAUUACUGAUAAAAUACUCUCAUAAUUUGUACUUGGUCCUCAAAUAUAAAUAACCUUGCUUCUUGUAUCACCAUUAUGGGUUUAAUACAUGUUUAUCAUGUCCAAUCCAACAAAAUUCCUUUAAAUACCAAAAUUGUGUGUCCGAAUGCUGCUUGACUUUUGAUUGUCGUUUAGUAUUAAUCAGUUCUGCCGCUUCUUUCCUAAUUCCAUAAUAAGAUUGUCUAUAUCAUUUAAUACGUGUUGCUUUGCUCGCUGCUGAAGGCCAGUUUUCAUAUUUAGCAAUAAUUUUUAAUACCGUUUUUAAUGAGUUUGAACUUGGUUAGAAAUCACUAUUCAAUUGUCUUCCAGCAAUUUGUCGACACAUGAACAUAAUAUAACUUUGCGUUUAGAGGUUAUAUUAUUAUAAAUAUUUUCUUUGAAAAACUUAAAAAUUAAAGAACAGUUUCGUUUAGAAUUAUUAAUUAUGUCUAAUUCCUAACUCUGACAAACAAGUAUCAGUAAACAAAGUUAUUUUUUAAUAUUAAGUUAGCAGCAUAUCAAGAUUAGUCUAUGAAAUCCGUUACUUUGAAACAAGUUUCGGUUUUCUCUUAUUUUUGACAUGCGUACAAGAACGAUUUGCAAAUUGUUAGAAAUAAGUUCGUGAUUUGAUCUGGCAACAAAUCUUAAGUGUCUGUGCAAUCGAGGGUCGGCAAAUUUGUCACUUCGGAGCAGGGUCGUUUUCAACUUAUUUCCAUAUAGAGAAGAAUCAAAAAGAGGAGAGGUUAAUUUCGCGGCACUAAUAAAGCUAUAAAUUAUCAAAUUGGACGGGCCCGAUUGAGGUAUUAAGGUUGGAUGUGAGACCGAGCUAUCGAUUUGCGGCCAAAACUUAAAUAGGAUCCGGGCGAACUAAGUAAUUUGAAAGAUUAGUACAGGAUUAGAUACGUGAAAGGUAUAUUAAACGUCCCGUUGGAUCGGAGGCUUAGUCUUAAGAGCAUUACGUAGACGUAAGAGGGGCCUCAGAACGUGGACGUUUUUAAUGAUGGAUAGUAGACGCGCCACUGACACUUUUAAUCAUAUUAAUAUACCUAGUUUAAUGUCAUGGGCGCGAGGGUGUGAAUCUUUUGCAUCGUGGCGUGCGGAUUAUAAUGUAAUUACGCUCGGUGUGUUGUGGAAAAGCGGACGAUCUACGUCGACGAUGCAAACUCGACGUCGAUGUUGUUUAAAGGGUUCAAAAUAAAUCGCUAUUUGCAUAGUUCCUAACCAGGUUUGUCCCAGAGCUUUAAAAUAAAAUGCCAAGAUUCAGCCAUAAAAUGGGAUUUUCGAUAAAAACAUAUUGUUACGUGUCAUAUGCAACAAGUUUGAUAAAGGCCAUUUUCUUGUAUUUAACAGACCAUUGGUGAACCAAUAAAUAUGUAAAAAAAAAGAAAUACAACUCUUUAAUUUGACCGUCAUGAUAUAUGUAAAAAAUAUAUAAGAAAAACAAAAAAUGAUAAAAGAUGAUAAAAAAACACAGUAUUUAAGUAUAUUUUGAACAGAAACUAAUAAUCGAAUUUUAAAUCUCACUUUCUCAAAAAUUCAAAAGAAGUCGAACUCUUUUUUGCUUUGAACGGAUAAUAAGGAAAGCUAUAAAAUUGUAAUAUGGUUAAUUUGGCAAAUUGUUGGAAAACUGUGGGGUAAUUACAUUCCCCGACUAACCAAAACAGAAGCUUGGUGACCAAGAGUAUCAAUCAACAGGAAUUAUUCAUUUCGAAGGGGGUUCAGAUUUUUCCAAGCAAUUUUUGUUUGUUGCGGAGGAACUAAAUGUGUCUAUUUUAUUGUCUCCUUUCCUCGUAUUACUAAAACACUGCAAAAAGUAUGUUUUUUAAAGUAGUUUAAUCUUCGUUGCGAUAAAAAAGGCUUACAAAAAUUAAAUUUUAAUUUAAUAUGCCCCAACUUUCACAGGUGUUAAUAUAACUCGGUACUUUAACUAAAGAAUCCUUUUAAUGUGAUGAAAAUUUGAGGAUGCUUGCCAAGAAAGGUGAAAUGCGGGUUUCAUUUGGCCAUUACAAUUUAAGAGGCCCUAAAACAACUUUAUGAAUGAAGUCACAAAAAGUGACUUCAAAUUUUAAUAGACAGGUCAGGAUUUUAAAUGUCCUUACGUUAUGCGGUGAGGAAAUAUUUUAAUAUAUAUUGUUUUAAUAUCGCAGCGAAUGGUUCGAGUUUCUCUAACCCUUUUAAAAGUAAGUAUGUUUUACUACAAUCUUUUGGUUGCUAACUUCUACGUUUUCUAUAACUUUCACUUCCCCUCAUUCACAACAACGUUACCUUGCUUGCAUAUCCGAACUUUUUUACCGCUUUCUCUCUUCAUCUUUCUCUUUCACUCCAUUUCACCUUUCCUUCACAUCUUAAGUGCUAAGGUGCUUGAGGGUACUUUAAUUUCGUUGCUUUAACCAUAUAUCCUGCUGUUUCUCUUUUAACAUCUUAUGCCCAGUUUUUAUGAUUUUAUUUAUUAAUAUAUUAUUAUUAUAUUUUAUUUAUUAUAGUUAUUUAUUAUUUUAUAUCCUCUCUACCUCAUGUUUCUGCUCUCCACCAGACUAGCAAUGUAUGGUAAUUCGCUCAAAAUAGAGCUUAUUAUCCAUUCAUACUUGAACGACCUAUUUUAUGCAUAUUUUUUUUAUAAAUAUCCAGCCAGGUAGUUUUAAACAUUAAGAAUGAACCCGCAAUAAGUAUGCCUCGUAAAAUGUAGGGCGUAUAACGUCGUCGGAUUUUAUAACGGCGUAAACAUCGGGCAUUAAUGGCUUAAUUUAAGAUCGAUUUACAUUUUUAUAACUUUCCUUUAUAUAUUCCCAUGUAAAAAAUCCAACUUUAACAGGCAUUAUCCUCCACUUCGGUUCGUAAAAAUUUCGGACCCGGGCAUAAUAUCUAUGGUAAUGUACCGUAAAAUGAAUGUAAAUCGGGAAAUUGUAAUACGGAGGGAGACCAGGGCGGCUUUAAAUAUCACGCGGCACCUGUUUGAUGUCUUUAAUUACAUCUUCACGAGAUUUUUACUUCGCUUAGAUGACAUCCCGAAUAAAAACUAAUUAUUGGAGUUGUAUCUCAGAAUUGCAAAAAAAUUCACACAUACUAAUGACCCUGUUAGUGUGUUUAAUUUUCUUAUCAAAAAAAGAAAUGGAAAUUUAUGUUGCAAGAAAGCUAGUAUAAAAGCGAUAUAAUAUGCAUUUCUUGUUGAAUGUUUCUGUACAAACCAUAAAAUUUACAAUAUUGAAUAUGAAUCGUGUGUUUUGUGUGGUUUGAGUUUGGUUUUAUUAACUUAUCAGGACGUGAUCGAAACUGGGCGCCCUAAAUACCAACGGAAGAAGUUUUUCUCUGGUUUUGCAAAAAAGUAGAAGAGCUCAACGAUCUAACCUUUAGUAAAUGUACGUAUGUUUCGGUAUUUUUAUAUUGAAGAAUCUGAAAAAAUAAUUUGAAGUUUUCGAAAAAGAUGUAAAAACUUUACAGUUCCAACUUGAAUUACAAACUAAUCAGUACAGCAACGCACUGGUCUCGGAGAUUCUUGCUUUCUAAACAAUAGCUUAAUUUUUUAUACUGUUAGCCACUAAUAUGCUGCAAUUUUAGUUCUAUAAUAAAUUAACUCCCCUUCCGAAUAUUUUCAAUAUUUACAGGUUGAUUGUUAUACGGGAUUGAUGCUUGAGAAAUGAGAUUACAUGAGCAACACAUAAAAUAAUGUACUGGCAGCAAAUAACAUAUUUUAAAAAGAAAAUUUCCUGGCUUGUUCUGGGCUCUGCUGGAGCUUGAGCGUCACGUGAGCUCAGGUGACGUGUCAAUGGCUCACAAAAUAUUAUCUUCUAAUGUAUAUUACUUGAAUAAAAAAAAAGUAGGACGAAAACACGACAGCGCUUUGUGGUUUAAAAUAAUAUGAGAAUGCAUGGAAUAAGGAAUGUGAUGUUCCGGUGGUAAGAAACGCAGUCCGAUCGAAAACGACAACAUUAACUCUGAAUUAAAGUAAACUUUUGAAUUAGCGCCUUUUUCUAGCGCCUCGGGUAUUUCCGCUCAUCAAGAGCUCGUUUAAGGGCGGACGGGAUUGUUUCGGGAUUAUUUAUCGUCGUUAAUGGUACGAGGAAUUAAAAGUUUAAAUUGGCCGCUUCGCCAGUUUAUCGGGAGCUAAUGAUUGUUUAAAGUUUAUCGGUGUCUGGUUUUGGGUGAAACGUUAAUGAAACGCCAAUCUCUAAAUUAAAUAUUUUUUUAUCCGCGGACAAAAAAAAACUGUCGACGCAUUUUUGGGUUUUGGUUGCCUGAAAGGACUAUCCAAGAAUCCAAGAAUCUGGAGCCGCUAAUAGUCCACGGACGUGGAAGGUAUCGGGGUUAGAGGUAGGUGACCAGUAGACUGGGUUGAGUAAAUUCUGGUUUAAUAUUAUACCAAGCUGCAUGCAGUGCCUAAAAUAUAGAAAAAUGGUGAGACAUAUGCGAAUAAUCGAAUGUUUUGAAAUUCUUCACAAUAUUUUGUUAUUCCAUUCACAACUGAGCUGUAGUGGCACUUGAAGUGUUAGUAUUGUUCCUUUUUUUUAACAUUGUGCUAAAAUGCAUUUAAUAGACCAAAGGGGAAGAGAUGUGACAUCUAUAAGUCUUAGGCUAAACCAGUUUGUCGUAGACCAAGCUUGUUCUUCGAAGCGUUUAUCCGAAAUGAGUGAGACGAAACAAAACUACUUACUGAAAUCAAUUUUCGUGUAGGAUAAUUCAUAUUUCCGUAAAAUAUCUCAAACAGUAACUUACAACACCCAGAAGUCUUAUCCUUCUAGUCCUUCUAACUUUACAAGCUCAAUUUUAGAAUCUAUUCUUUUUCCACUGAAGCGACUUUCAACACAUGAUUCACAGUUACAUAUUUUCUUUGAAUCUGAUAUUCGGUUUACCAAAUACAUCAAUCACUUCUGUCAAUUUUCUUACGGCAUACUGAGGCAACUUUACCUAAGUGGUGACGCGAUGAGCUCCGAUGGUGCUACUCGAAUACUGUUUAUGGUCCAGCUUGUCUUUUUAACACCCUGAGAGACUCUGAUAUUUGCUAUUAGCAUUAGAAAAUACGACAGAAUUAGUUACAUGUUCCGGGAUCAAAAAAGACCAAAGUUAAAGUUUCUUAUGGAUCUGCAUAUUUUAAGUCUAACCAAAAGGAAAGAUAUUUUGGUCUUGGUUCGUCACAGAACAGCUAUGUGUCCGCUAAACUACUCAACCCUUUGCUUACAAAAAAUACUUUAAAAAUAUGUAUUUGAAGCUGAAAUCAAUUGUCUUGUUUGACGAUCCACGCUGUCUAGUGCUUUGAGAUUCUUAUUGAAAAUCUAAUCUAUUGUUAAUAUUUUUGUAAAUGUCAUAAUUUAGAUCUUCUUUAUAACUUAAAGUUGAGUUGACAAAUGCCCUAUGGGUGAUACUUCAUCUUGUCAUCUUCUUGUCUUCUUUUUCAAUUGUACCUGUUGAGUCUGUUCGGUUUUGUUACUUUUGAUUAGUUUUUAAUGCUUUCCUGUACGGAUAAAUCAGCUUGUCCUAGGAUAAACUAGUUUGACGUGACAUCGGCAGCAUAUAUAUUCACUACCCUUCAGGUAUAAUUUUUGACAUUCUUAGCAAAAAGUGGUGUCGCUGAUAGAACAAUAUCAUAAAUGUCAUGAUGAAUGGUAAAUCACAAUAGCAAAAAUUAUGCAUCGAUCGUGAUAAGCGGGGCAGGAGAGGGGGGGACACACAACGUGUUAGCUAAACGAUAUACGCGAAUAUUUGUUGCGAGUGACGUCACGACGCGUCCUCGCCACCCGACGCCGUGUAAUCACGACACCUGAACUUUCGGGUUCCAAUUCAUGCGUGUAGUCAUAAUAAUUCCGCUUUGACUGACAACGGGGGGAGAUCGGAGACGGUGUUCGAACGGCAUCCCGAAAUACCUUUUGAGUAUCCUGUUACCUAUUACGGGAGCACGUACGCGCGGGAGUAAUCCCCCAGCUGUGCCGUUCGCACGGGCCAGCGACGUGCGAUUAUAAAACGCCAACGGGGCGAAAGCGUUUAAUCCGCAAAAAAUUAUAGGGGGAUGAUGAUUGCGAAACUCGAGGUCGAAAACGAAGCAAAUCGGGAACUGUAUUGUCCUUUUGCCGUUUCACUUCGGUCUGGUGUUAAUAUCGCGCUAAAUGUCAGAAUCGGAAGCCACUAAUGAAGAAUACUUUGACCGAUUCAUGUCGCACAUUGCCAAUAUGGGGAUCGCAAUCAGGUUUGCGAGGAAGCAUUGGAAGUUCUUUUAAAUAACUGACGAAAUAUAAUAAGAAAUGUUCAAAAUCAUUAAUAAAAUGCACUUCCCUCACUGUCAGGCAGAACGCAGUAAAGUGCUAAUAAUACUAUUACUAAAAUACCAUACUACUAUUAGGGCCAUGAUAACCUCACUUUGAAAUUCAAAAGCAGGCGAUUCGGGUGUUGCGAAAUGCGGCAGUCUAUUGUUAUAUGAUUAUUCGAAGAUGACGUAAAAGAUGUAUGCAAAAUAAACGAAUAUAUUUGAAGAAUUUUAUAUAUUAUAUAUAUAUAAUAUAUUAUUAGUAUUUUUUCCGAAAGAUCUUACAAAAUCCUACAACUUUCAUUAAGUAUGUCAUAAAGCUAUUUUUAAUACUUUGCGAUUUAUUUUAAUUUUUCUAAGACCAAUUAAACAACUUAAUUUUUCAAAGAAACUUCCACAUUAAAGAUAUUAAGCGUUCCAUCAAAAAAUAAACUUCACCACAACCUUCCAAUACACUUGCCACUGUGGUCCUUCCUUA